AUGUGUCAGACUGUGGCAGUAUCAGAGUCGUUAGAGAAUCUAAUGAAUAAAUUCUGGGAGUGCGAAGAUGGACGAUCACUCUCCAAUAAUUCCAUAGAGGAAGCAAAAUGUGAGGAGCAUUUUGUGAAAAGCGUUAAGCGCAACGAAGAUGGGCGUUAUAUAGUAGGACUACCAAAAUCAGACGAAGCUCUGGCACGAUUAGGCGAGUCGAAGUCGACGGCUAUUCAACGUUUAAAAAUGCUAGAAAGACGCCUGGGCCGCGAUCGCACGCUUAAAAAUGAGUAUCACGCCUUUAUGGCUGAAUAUUUAGCACAAGGGCACAUGAAGAAGGUGGUAAACGAUCAUACGAGUAGUUCCAUUGUCAGCUACUAUCUUCCACAUCAUCCGGUAAUUAAAAAUUCGAGCACCACCACACGAGUUAGAGUCGUUUUUGAUGCGUCUAGUAAGACAUCAACUGGAAUGUCACUAAACGAUGCCCUACUGAACGGCCCAGUUAUACAAGAUGACCUUCGAUCAAUCAUAAUGAGAAGCCGGCUGUAUCCUAUAGUACUAAUCGCUGAUGUGGAAAAGAUGUUCCGGCAAGUGUUGAUAGACCCUGCAGACCUACCAUUGCAAAGGAUCAUAUGGAGAUUUUCAACAGAUGAACCAAUAGAGGAAUACGAACUAUGUACAGUUACUUAUGGCACUAAACCUGCCCCCUUCUUAGCUACACGCACCCUGAAGCAGCUUUCGCUAGAUGAGGCCGAAAAUUUCCCACAUGCGUCAAGGAAAAUGGCAAGGGAUGUCUAUAUGGAUGACAUCAUCACGGGUGCGAGUGAUGUAUCAGAAGCAAAAACACUUCGCAAACAAUUGGAUGAUAUGUUGUUGACAGCAGGUUUUCGUUUGCGUAAGUGGGCCUCGAAUGAUGAAGAUGCAUUAGAGGGAGUCGAACAUCAGAAUCUCGCUCUUCCUCUUAUUAAUGGAAUAAAUUUAGACUCAGAACAGACAAUCAAAACACUCGGUUUGAUGUGGGAGCCGAUAACCGAUAAUUUCCGGUUCAACAUUGAAUGUUCGUCAAUACCCACCACAGAGAUGACCAAGCGAAAAGUUCUUUCAUGCAUCGCAAGAAUUUUCGAUCCCUUAGGUUUGGUUGGACCCGUGGUAACAAAGGCCAAAAUAUUCAUGCAGCGGAUUUGGGAACUAAAAAAUAAUGCCAAACAACCCUUAGAUUGGGAUGAAAUACUUCCGCAACCAUUAUUGAAUUAUUGGAUGGAAUUCCAUAAAACGAUUCCAGAGCUGCAUAAACUUCGCAUCCCUCGUUUCGCUAAGCAAGUUGAUUCGACUCACAAUGAACUGCACUGUUUUUCCGAUGCGUCCGAACAAGCUUAUGGAGCUUGUAUGUAUCUUCGAUCCCAAGAUGCAAAUGGAUUAGUAAAGAUUACUCUUCUAUCCUCGAAAUCGCGCGUUUCCCCUUUGAAGCGUCAAACCAUACCUCGGUUGGAGCUGUGUGGAGCAAAAUUAGCUGCAGAAAUAUAUAUUAAAGGUGUGGAAUCACUCAACAAUACCUUCGAAACCUUUUUCUGGACAGACUCCAAAACCGUACUGCAAUGGCUUAAACAGCCCCCAAAUACGUGGAACACUUUCGUGGCUCACCGAGUUGCAUUCAUUCAACACUCUACUCAAAAUUGUCAAUGGAGGCAUGUUCCAGGAGUAUGUAACCCAGCCGAUCAGCUGUCAAGGGGCUUAACGGCUCAACAACUUAUUGAGGAUUUUGUUUGGUGGAAUGGACCCGAUUGGUUACACAAGGCGAAGGAUUUAUGGCCAAAUCCAAUGGAUAUCUCUUUCGAAUCCAAUCAAUAUGAAAAUGAAAGGCGGAAGACUGUUGUUGCGACCGUUGCUUCCCAAAUCUCGCCUUUCAACAGUUGGUAUUUCGGAAGGUUUAGCGAAUAUUCCGCUCUUAUUCGUAUAACAGCAAUACUCCAACGUUAUCUACAGAAUUUGAAAACUCCAGAUGCUAAGCGGGUUCGCUCUGAGCCACUAUCACCCAAAGAAUUACUGGCAGCAGAAAUGCGUCUUGUCCAAUUGGUUCAGCAGGAAACUUUCUGUAAAGAAAUAAAGGCAUUGUCGAAAGGCGAAUAUGUACAUCGUGACUCCAAAUUAAGAUGGUUUAAUCCAAGACUUUCCAGUGAGGGAAUCAUUCGCAUCGGAGGAAGACUAGAGAACGCCGAACUGUAUGACGAUGUAAAACAUCCAAUGGUGAUUCCAGGAAAUCAUCAAUUUUCAAAACUCCUAGCUGUCAGCUAUCACAAACGAUUACUCCAUGCCGGACCGCAACUUAUGUUAAACGAAAUUCGUCAAAGAUUCUGGCCAUUGGGGGGACGAAAUUUAUGCCGGACUACUGUGCACCACUGUCUCAGCUGUUAUCGAGCAAAACCUCAGCUACUACAACAAUUCAUGGGGCAGCUACCUGUUAAACGCGUUACUGCUUCACGGCCGUUCACCACAACUGGGGUAGAUUAUUUUGGCCCAGUGUUUAUACGACAAGGCUAUCGGAGAGCUCCGAUCAAGGCUUAUGUGGCAGUGUUUAUCUGCUUCAGUACCAAGGCGGUUCAUUUAGAAUUGGUUUCGGACUUAUCCACCGCUAAGUUUAUCCAAGCUCUCCGACGUUUCACUGCUCGCAGAGGCAAAUGUUCCCAUAUAUAUUCCGACAAUGGUACUAAUUUUGUCGGCGCACGCAACGAAUUACGAGAACUCCUUCAGAAAUUACAAUGCCGUAAACACCAUGAAGAAAUACGAAUUCAAUGUGCACAAGAUGGAAUCAAUUGGCACUUUAUUCCGCCAAGCGCUCCACACUUCGGUGGAUUGUGGGAAGCUGCUGUGCGUUCCGCCAAAAAACACCUUCUUCGAAUUUUAGGGCGCUCUUCUGUAUCUUAUGAAGAUUUUACAACAUUGUUAGCCCAAGUAGAAGGUUGCUUGAAUUCGAGGCCUCUCACAUCGCUUACGGACGACCCCACAGAUCUCCAACCGCUUACGCCAGCUCACUUCCUUGUGGGAUCAUCACUACAAGCGUUACCCGACCAGCAGUACACGUGCAUUCCAAGUAACCGGCUCGCUCAUUGGCAACAAAUUCAGCAGCAACUUCAGAAUUUUUGGCGUCGAUGGCAUCUUGAGUAUUUGGCUCAACUUCAAGCUCGAGUGAAGAACUGGCACCCGCCAGUAAACAUAGAACCAGGGAGACUUGUCAUCAUUGUCGACGAGAAUCAGCCGUCGAUGAAGUGGAAGAUGGCCCGUAUACACCAAGUGCACCCCGGAAAUGAUGGUAUAGUUCGCGUUGUAACUCUGCGUACUUCGAGUGGCUAUUUGAAGAGACCAGUUACCAAAAUUUGCUUACUCCCAGUUACACCAACUACUGAAUCGGUCGAAAGUGUAUCACAAGAUUCAACUGAAAUUCCUAAUUUCAGGGGGGGUCGGGAUGUUUAG